AAUUAAAACGUUCACGAGCCUGAGUACAUAUGGAUUUCUGAUUCUCCAGAAGUACAUGUCUUUUAAGCCUCUGUUACAGAUAGAGGAGAACCAUUAGCGCAAGAGAUGUCAAACUUGUGUCUGAUCAUUGUGGUUACACAGGACGGACCAGAGGCUCCACUGGAAACAGCAGCUCUGCGCUACUACAAUUCCCAGAGCCCCGCACUCCACCACAAUCCCCUCAGAGUUGGCUGCGCAGAAUUCUGGGACUUGAAGUCCGAGGCCUGUUUAUCCAAGUUAGAGAAAAGGGCCUGUGGAAACAUGAAGAGGGUAAACAGCUGUGUGAAGAGUGAUGAUCAUGUCCUGGAAGAGUUAGAAACAGAAGGGGAGAGGCAGCUGAAAAGCCUCCUUCAGCAUCAACUUGACACCUCUGUCUCCAUUGAGGAAUGUGUGUCUAAGAAAGAGAGUUUUGCUCCUGGUACUAUGUAUAAGCCCUUUGGGAAGGAAGCAGCCGGAACUAUGACUUUGUCCCAGUUUCAAACAUUGCAUGAGAAGGACCAGGAAAUUGCUGCCCUCAGGGAACUAGGGCUCAAUGAAACAGAAAUCUUGAUCUGGAAGAGCCAUGUUUCAGGUGAAAAGAGGACGAGACUGAGGGCAACCCCUGAAGCAAUACAGCACUGCCUUCAAGAUAUUGAAGAAAGGAUCUCAGAGCGUCAGCGCAUCCUUUGCCUGCCACAGAGAUUUGCUAAAAGCAAACAGCUGACCCGGCGAGAAAUGGAAAUAGAAAAAUCUUUAUUUCAGGGUGCUGAUCGUCACUCCUUCCUUAAGGCUCUUUACUACCAAGAUGAACCCCAAAAGAAGAACAAAGGUGAUCCUAUGAACAACCUGGAAAAUUUUUACCAAGAGAUGAUAAUGAAAAAACGUCUUGAAGAGUUCCAACUUAUGAGAGGUGAACCCUUUGCUUCCCACUCACUGGUCUCAGCUACAUCAGUGGGAGAUAGUGACACAGCUGAGAACCCGCCAUUACUCCAGGACAAGGGAGAACAGGCAGCACAGGGUAAAGGUCCCAGUCUUCAUGUGGCAAAAGUUAUUGAUAAUUCACCUGAGCAGUGUUGGACUGGGCCUAAGAAGCUGACGCAGCCAAUAGAAUUUGUCCCAGAAGAUGAGAUCCAGAGAAAUCGUUUGUCAGAGGAAGAGAUCCGAAAAAUUCCUAUGUUUUCUUCAUAUAAUCCAGGGGAGCCAAACAAGAGCAUUGAAUUCACAGGGCAAGCUGCAACCCUGAAAUUUGGAGAUACAGGCAAUUAAAGAGAACCACAGCCCAGAUCUACUUAUUAGGAGCGGAAAGCCACAGGAGCCAUAAACUGGUAGGAAUACUUAAGUGGUAACUUUGACAAAUUGCUUAAGUCAGAGUGUAGAUUAGUGUUUGAACAUAACAGUUUCUCAAUUUGAAGAGCCAAGAAAAAAGUCUGUUCCUGGCUAGUAAUAAAUCAGAUAGUAUUCAUAAAAGCACCAUAUAUGGUAGCCAUGGUGCCUCUGAAAUUAGUCAAUAAAUACCUCCAGGAACCCCACUAGGUUCUCAAGUUGAAGAGCCAAGAAAAAAUCUGUUCCUGGCAUGGGGAGCAGAAAAGUAAUCAUUUUGAAAUACACCCAGAGCUUCUACAGAACAAAGGACUAUCCAACAUGUGAAACAAUUUUACUAAAGCCUUCUCCACUAUGGGAGAAGGGAAAUCAUCUUACUUUAGGCCCCUCUGGUCUUCCUGUCCCAUCUGAGAGAGAGAAAAAAAGAAAACUGUGAAACACUUCUGAAAAUUACAGUCUAGGGACCCAGGCACACUGAAAGACUGAGGCUUAAUUAUAGAAUUUCAGAAUGUUUCCCUUACCCUACACCUUACCACCACAUCAACAGGGCUUUAGGAUAAUAACUAUGGUACAGCUGAAAAACCUGCAAGGCUCAGACUAUAAAAAGUUUUCAGGGAAACCCAGAGAAAACAUGGGAAACAAAAACAAGGACAUUACAAGAAAUUGAAACCUGUGACACCUACAGCUAGAGUAAACAUUAAACACAGCCCAACGCCUGGCAAGAUUAACAAAAAAAAAAUCACGCUAACAGCCUGUUUACCUCAGAUCCUAUUAUGUUGUACAUCAAGUUUGACUUUCAACAUAGAAGAAAUUGUAAGGCAUGGUAAAAGAAAAAACAGUUUCAAGAGACAAAACAAGCAUCAGAACCAAAGUCAGAUAUGGCUCAAGUUUUGGAAUGAUUACGUAUAUAGAAUGUAACAUAAUUAAAUGCUAAAGAAUCUAUUAGAAAUAGUACACAAUAUGCAAAAACAGGUCAAGUAAACAGAAAUAGAAACUCAAAGAAAUAAUUAAAAGGAGAUGGUAGAAAUAAAAAGCACUAUAAUAGGAAUAACACUUUGAUAGGCUCAUUAGUAUACUUGGUAUGGCCAAGGAAAGAAUCAGUAAGCUUGAAGACAUGUCAGUACAAACAACCCAGACUAAAAUGCAAAGAAAAAAAGACUUAAAAAAUGGAACUAAUGUCCAAGAACGAUGGGACAAUUUUAAAAGGUGUAACAUACACAUUAUUGGAAUACCAGAAGGAUAAGAGAAAAAGGAACAGAAGAAAUUUUUGAAGUAAUGAUGGCUGAGAAUUUUUCAAAAUUACCAGACCACUGAUACAGGAUUUGAGCAGAGAACACCAAGCAGGAUAACUACCAAAACAAAAAAACAGCUAAGCAUAUCAUGUGCAAAUACAGAAGACAGAGAAAAUCUUGAAAACAGCCAGAAGAAAACCACUUUGUCUAUAGAGAAACAAAGAUAACAAUCGCAUUGGAUUUCUCAUCAGAAACCAUGCAAACAAGAAGACAGUGGUGUCAAAUAUUUAAUAUUUAAAGUAUUGGGUGGGGGGAACCCCACCUACCUAGAGUUCUGUAUCUAGAAAAAAUAUCCUUCAAAAGUGAAGGAAAAAUAAAGAUUUUAUCAGACAAACAAAAAUAGGGAAUUUGUUGCCAGUAAACCUGCCUUGCAAGAAAAAAAAAAUUAAGUUCUUCAGAGAGAAGGAAAAUAAUAUAGGUUAGAAAAUCAGAUCCCUAUAAAGAAAGGAAAAGCAUAAAAAUGGAAUAUCUGAAGGUAAAAUUUUUUAUUUUUUAUUUUAAGUGAUCUAAAAGAUAACUGUUCAAAAUAAUAAUAGCAUUGUGUUAGGUAAUUAUAGCAUAUAGAUAAGUGAAAUGAAUGGCAGGAAUGUUAUAAGGUAUAGGAGGGAAAAAUUAGUAUUUAGUAUACUAUUAUAAGAUAUCUGCACUACCUGUGAACUGGUUAGUGUUAAUUGAGAGUGGACUUAGAUUAGUUAUAAAUGUAUAUUGCAAACUCUAGGGCAACCACUAAGAAUUGUAAAUAGAAGUCUAAUUAAUAUGCUACUAGAGGGGUAAAAAUGGAAUCAUAUAAAAUGAUACUCAUUCUCUACAAUCUUUCCCAGAAAAUAGAAGCAAAGGGAACAUUUUCUGACUUGUUUUAUGAGGGCCGGCAUUAGCUUAAUACCAAAACCAGAUGAAGAUAUUACAAUUUAAAAAAAAUAAUAAUUACAGACCAGUCUCUCUCAUGAGCAUAGAUGUAAAAUCAUAAAUAUUAGGAAAGUCAGAAUAGUUGAUUGAGAUACUUUUUUUUUUUAAAUAUAUUUUAUUGAUUUUUUA